UGGAUGUGAUGUGCUGUAAAUCAGUAGGAACUGAUCUGUCUAUGCUGGAUAUUGAUGAUUUGAUGACAGAAAUCUGUCAGCUGAAGAAAGAGGUGAAGUUACUGGAAACAAAACUCAGAGAGAGAGACCAACUCAACAGAAAGGUUUGGACACAUUUUAUCUUUACAUGAAUGACUGUCUGUCAGACAACUGUUAUUGUUUUAAGUGCUGUAGAUCAAACUUGCUGUUCAAAUAUCAGAUUUGUGUCGAUCAGGGUUUUGAUUUGCAUUUUUAACCUCUAUAGUUUUUUUUUUUGAGUCUUUAACUAUUCAAUACUUUAAAUAAAUACUUGUAUCAUUAUUUUCUUACAGUCAGAUCUAGUCAACCAGUGCGUAGUGAUUGGUCGAAUACUGCAAGCGUGUGAUGGAAAUGUGACGCCUUUGACCAUAUUUGGAACAUCAGGUUUCUCUGCAAUAGUACUGACAAGUGCGCUCACCUUACUUGCGUAUACAUUUUGGCAGUCUUAGUCAAAUCAUACCAUGAACUGAGGUAGAUUUGUGGGAGUGUGGGUACACGAGGUGUUUCAGGCAGGUCUAGGUGAGCAUUUGCUUUUAGAUAGAAUGCAUCUUUUGUUCCCACAGUUUCAUUUUUGCAAUUUUACGGGUCUAAUGCACGCAUGGGCAACUAUAACACACCAAAGACACAGAGAAACAUGUAUUCGCGACAUACGACCCCUUUAAAUGUAUCUAAUCUCUGAAUGUUAUUCUGUGUUUGUUGUGAUGUUAUUUUCAGGAUGUCUGUGGUGUUUCUCUCUGUGACUUCACUGAUCAAACAUCUCCAGAUCUUCUGCUUUCUGUCUGUAAUGAAGAGCAGAAGAGAUCAGUGAAGCUGCUGGACUGUGAGAUGGAGCUGAAAACACAAAUCACAGAAGCGGAAGUACAGACAGAAAAAGAUCUGAUGAAGGUGAAAACAGAAAUGACAGAAUCAGGACAACAAACAGAUGGAUGUGAUAUGAUGUAUCCAGGAGAAUCUCUGGGUAGCUGGGAGGUUGCGAAGAAUUUCUCCUUAAAAAACUCUGGGAGAGCAGCAGACAAAGAUUCAAGUGCCUGCCCUCAGUGUGGAAAGAGCUUCACUCGUAAAUCUGAUCUUAAUAAGCACAUAAGAAGUCACACUGGAGAACGGCCUUACGCAUGUGAGCAGUGUGGAAUGACCUACAUUCAUAAACACCACCUCAACAGGCACAUACAAAUGCACAUCGGAGAAAGAUCUUUUAAAUGUGACCAGUAUGGAAAGACCUUUGUUCGUAAAGACAACCUUAAUGUGCACAAGGAAGUUCAUACAAAGCCUUACAGGUGUGACCUGUGUGGAAAGUGCUUCUUGUAUCAACACAUCCUUCAGGCUCACAUGAGACGUCACCCAGGAGAGAAAGCUUUCAACUGCACCUCAUGUGGACAGAGUUUUAAACAAUCAAAACAUCUUGAGACUCACAGGAAGAAGUGCUGGAAAGUUCAUCCACAUGAAACUGUUCAGAUCAGAAGAUCCCUGAGAGUUACAAGUGACGGAAUUUGUCUUUGACUUUAACUGAAUGUUUAUUUUCAAGCGAUGCUAAUUCUUAAUGUUUUUUUGAGGAAAGUUAAUAUUUUAUCAUUUUUUUUUUUUUAUAAGUGGGCUCCUGGCGAGGGCUACUUGUUUGGCAACCGAAUGUGAGGUUUUGUGAUCUUGUAAAGUAGAAGCGUUUGUUCUUACUGAUGGUCAAAGGCCCCGUUUACACUUGCAGGUCUUGAUGCUCAAUUCUGAUUUGAAACAUCGCGCAUCCAUGAACGCAGCCUGAGCCAAGAAUACUAUCUAGCCAUGAUGGACGAACGCAAAAUGUGCUUGAUGUUAGCUCUGAGAUAUAUGACAUAAAUAUGAUUUUGAGGCGAAGGAGGAAAAGAGACAUCAUUGCAGUCUGCGCAUAUGCUUUGAUUGUUUAAUCAAAUUGUUUAAUGUCUUUCAUUUUACCGCAUCCACACGUUCUUCCUCCUGAUCAUACGUUAUAAAACUGCGGACAAGUGCCAAAUGAUUGCUGUUUUAAUGACGUACAGACCGCCUGUUUAUGACAGUCACAUUGACACAGACAGUAUCUGAUUUAUAUCUGAUCUAUUUCCACGUAUGAAUAAGGCCUGUAAAUGAUCUCGAAAUAUCCGAAUGCAUGCCUUUUUCUCCAGUCUACACUAUGGUGGGUCAAAUCCGAUCUGUGUCACAUUGGAUGAAAAAAUCGGAAUUGGGUCACAUUUAACUGGCAGUGUAAACGGGGCCACAAAGUGUUGAGGAGAUACAGCUCAUCUGAUUCACAGUCUGAAAUCAAACCUGUUAUAACACAAUGAGGCACUUUAAGGAUUUUCCACUUUGCCAGGUGAGUGGAUCCAAAUAUUUAAAUAUUAAAGGUUUAAUUUGAGGCAUUUAGAAGCAAGUGAACUGGAUUUUCAUAAAUUGAGAUGUUUAUGAAUUAAGUCAAAAUCUGUAUUACUUGAGAAAAGUACUUGGGUUUAAAUGUUUGUGUGUGUGUGUGUGUUCCUUGAUCACUUGACAUAUGAUGGCUGGACUU